AUGGGGAGGAGUCGUCGCCUUGGAGCGGCCAACCGCAGCGAUGGUGGCCGAAGUGCUCCCCCGUUCCCGGCCAAGCAAAUGUUUGUCCUCGCCUGCUGCCGGAUAUGCGAACCGAUUGCAUUCAUGUCGAUUUUCCCCUACAUCUACUACAUGAUUGAGGAUUUCAACAUUACCGACGACACCAACAAGAUCGCCGUCUACGCUGGCAUGGUCACCUCAGCUUUCACUCUGGCCGAGUUCUCGACUGGAGUCCUUUGGGGACGACUGAGUGACAAGAUUGGACGGAAACCUGUACUUCUGAGCGGCUUGAUCGGCACUGCCCUGAGCGUCCUUGCUUUCGGGUUCGCCCCCAAUCUGCCUGUGGCUCUCUUUGCUCGUGCGCUGGGAGGCCUUCUCAAUGGAAACAUCGGAGUGCUGCAAACGACCGUGGCUGAACUUGUAACUGUCAAGGAACAACAACCUCGCGCUUAUACUAUCAUGCCAAUGGUGUGGUGUAUUGGAUCCAUCAUUGGUCCCAUGAUCGGAGGAGCUCUGGCGAGACCCUGCAUCAGCUACCCCGAGAUCUUCGCCCGUGGCACCAUCUGGGACAAAUACCCCUACCUCCUCCCUAACCUUUUCAGCGCCGCUACUGUUUUCGUUGGAGUCAUCAUUGGUCUUCUCUUCCUCGAUGAGACCCACGCAGACAAGAAGUCGCAGCGAGACCGUGGCCGCGAGAUGGGCAACUACCUCGCCCAACUGUUCGGUGGAGUUACCAAGUGCAACGGACGAAAGCGAGGCCCUGAAAAGCAGGCCCUUUUGGAUGGCGAGCCGCGGAUUGGAUACAUGAGCAACGCACCAUCGCGUGUGUCUUCGACGAACUCGGAUGACGACGAGGCGCUCCCCGCCUACCAGAGCCAGGAAAACUCACCCCGGCUAUCUCCCCAAGCCGACACUAGGUCUCUCGAAAGUGCCCCGCUCGAGCCGGCCUCGCCGAUUGUCGAGCAGGAACGGAAACAAAGGAUUUUUACCAAGCCGGUCAUCAUGAACAUCAUGUCAUACGGCAUCUUGGCUUUCCACACCAUGACUUUUGAUCAGCUGUUUCCCGUCUUCCUCAGCACCUCGCGACCCGAGCACCCGAUCCUGGAGCUGCCUUUCAGGUUCACUGACGGAUUCGGCCUGGAGACGAAGACGAUCGGCGUCAUCAUGUCGGUGCAGGGCGUCUACUCUCUGCUUUCCAACUACCUGAUCGUCCCGCCGGUUACCCGACGACUGGGUUCGCUUCGAUUGUUCCGAAUGCUCGCCUUUUCGUACUUUGCGCUGUACCUCGUCACCCCUUACCUGGUGUUGCUUCCCGAGACUAUGAGAAUGCCAGCCAUCUACCUGCUUGUCAUUUGGAAGUGCACAUUCUCGACCAUGGCCUACCCCAGCAAUGCGAUCCUGCUAGCGAACUCGGCUCCUUCGAAGCAAGUCCUGGGAACGAUCAAUGGCAUUGCGGCGUCAACUGCGAGCUUGUGCCGUGCACUGGGACCGACACUGUCCGGACUCCUGUACUCCCUGGGUCUGCAGACUGGAUAUUCUGGGCUGGCUUGGUGGUUCAGCGGGCUUAUUACUAUCGCGGGCGCUUAUCUGAGCUCUCAAAUCACCGAGGGUGGAGGCUACCACGACGUGGUGGUGCCAGAGGAGGAGGACCCGCUCCUGGACGAGGGUCUUUUCACGGACUACGACGGCGAUGACGACAGGGUCUAA